AUGUCGUUUGGACUAACUAAUGCUCCUGCAAUUUUCAUGGAUUACACGAAUCGUAUUUUCCAUACGUACCUUGAUCAGUUCAUAGUAGUUUUCAUAGACGAUAUUCUCAUCUAUUCGAAGACUGAAAGAGAGCAUGAAGAGCAUCUAAGGACUGGAGGAAUUGCAGUGGAUCCUUCAAAAAUUAAAGCAGUAGUGCAGUGGGAACCACCUACGACCAUUACAGAAGUUCGGAGUUUUCUCAGACUUGCUGGCUAUUACCGGAGGUUCAUCAAAGGAUUUUCACAGAUAGCCUUACCUUUGACUUACCUUACACGAAAGGAAGUUCCAUUUAUCUGGACGGCGGAGUGUGAUAGAAGUUUCAAGAUGCUUAAGGAAAAGCUAACAACUGCACCUGUAUUAGUACUACCCAAUCCAUAG